CUCGACAAGGAUCAUGCUUGGGCUUCCAAGUUCCAGGAGGCUCGCGACGCCAGCAAGUCUGCAACUGCGCUGCACCGCCAACUCGUCCCCACGGAGUAAUGGGACAGACGUCACGCCGUAUAUUGCCCCCGCCGCCCUGGAGAUGACUCCAACAGCGCCAUGGACUUUUGGUCGCGCCUGUUAAGCCCCCUCUCCUCCGGGAGCUCCCGCAAGGACCAGGCAAAGGAUCCUGCGAAGCGGCUGCAUAGAUUCGAGAAGGAGUACGGAAACCUGCUGUCGACAUGGAGGAACUCUGGCAAUCUGCCCCGGGACAGCGACGCCGCCGAAAACCUCGAGAUCCGCCUGCAGGAGCUGACCAACAUCCUCAGCGAUGAGAGCCGCCGUCCGCUGCCGCACCCGUGCAUCCAGUACGCCUCGAUCAAGCAAAUCUACGUCCCCAUCGGCAAGAUCGCCACGACAUCGUACAACGAGUGGAUCAUCAAGGAGGCCGUCCUGUUCUUCGCAACCCUCAUCGAGAGCGAGGAGGAGGCCUUUGUCGAGAACCCCACCUUCUCCGCCAGCCUGACGAACCUGCUGGUGCGCAUCACCGGCGUAAACAGCGUGCGCCUGGGCCUUGAUACGGAGUCCCGCGUCGUCGAACUCGCCUUCAACAUCACCACCAAGAUCCGCCUUGACCCGGCCAUCCUCCCCGCCUGGUUCAAGACGCAGCGGGCCGGACCCCACCGAGAUGAGAAAGACCGAGAUAGCCGUGAUACGUUCGUCGGCCGCACCCAGAGGGCCGAUUUCCCCCUCUUUUAUAUCCUGAUGGACUAUAUCCACCAUGAGGGUAAGGUGGGCGACUUUGCGAGGACGGGUCUGCUGUACAUUAUCGAGGCGGCAUCCAGCUCGGGGCCGCUGGAGCAGUGGAUUGUCGAGAGCGAUCUGUCUACUCUGAUGGCCACGGGACUGGGUGCGUUGUACAGCCAGCUCAGCCGCAAGCUGGUUAUCGAUCACCCCGACGAGCUGCCCCCUAUCCUCGCCCUUUCCGACUAUCAACACCCCAUCUCCAACUACGAAGUCAUUAGCUCCUGCUCUCCCGAGUUUCAGUCGCACCUUGAAACCUUUUUAUCCCAUCUCCUGUUCUGGCAGGACGUCUUGAAUCACUGUCGGUCGGUGGAAGUCAAGUCUACACUUCUGGAGCACUUCCAAGUUAUUUUCCUGCAGCAAUUAUUAUACCCGUCACUGCUCGAAUCCUCUGAUAUCGACGGAGGGUCGUCCGUGGCUGUUUUAACAUAUCUCCGCCGCAUCCUUGAAUCACUAGACCACCCCGACAUGAUCAAUCUUAUCCUCCACUAUCUCUUAGCACUGCCGGACUCGCUUCCCUCAAACCGGCCUGGCUCAAGGUCAUCCGUAAGCCUUGCGCGGAAGCGAAAGUCGAUGGAUCUCGCCACCAUGAUGGCAGAGAAAUCCGACACCACUGUCACGCCCCUCCUGUUUAACCUGGUGGAUCUCAUCCUCGCCUGUUUGAGAUCACGAAACCAACAGACUAUUUAUGUGACGCUUCAGUUGGUGUCGGCCAUUUUGAAACGGCACCACCGAUAUGCCAUCAUCACACUCCUCAGAACCGACAUCAUCCCUAUGAACAACCCCCGCCGAACCGUUGGCGCUCAUGAGCAGGAGGUCGAGUACAUGAUGGCCCUGGCUGGAACCAUUGGUGGCCAGGACAACUUUGACGAGGUCUAUCAGAGCGUUCUCCGAGAUACCAUGUCUAGACUGGAGAGUCACCCUUGCUCCAUCAAGCUGGUUGCACCGCGAGUGUCUGCGAGCAACCAGAGGCUGCCGGCUGUUGCCGACAGUCUGCCUGGAGCUCCCAGAGACGUUGGAGACCACACCCUCCGACCCGACGAUCCUCUCUUGAAUGCGUUGUUGGAUUUGCUCGAGACCUUCUUCAUCAACCCCGUGGAAACAAACCUGUCUGUGACAGAGACCUUGGUGGAUCUGGCCAUUUGUGGCUACAUGAAAAUCGAGGGAUGGUUGGCACGAAACCCUGGUGCUUACACAUAUGGAGAUGAAGACGACACUCUUGACGGCCCGGCAGACGAUGAUGGCACGGAAGCCGACGCUGAGCUCGACAGGCCUCGGACGGCAGAGGAGGAGCAAAUCAAGGCGAUGGAAAGAUGUCGACAGCGACCACUGUGGACCCAAACGUCUGUGCCUCGUGUGCUGAAUGUCCUCAAGCACUUGGAAGAGCAAGUGGUGUCGUACAGGAAGACGAUACCGCGAUUUGAUGAUUUGGUGCAACAACGACGCGAAGCUUUCCAGACUGCGGAUGCCAUGUCGACCCCCAUAGCUGCCACACAAAAGGCAACCCCUGUGCAACAGGAAACACCAGAUCGCGGGAGCCUCGAUGAAGCGUCACGGAGUGCAUCACCUUCGCGACCAUCUGCAUUGGAAGGUCUAGCUCACCGUCUACUGUCAGAGCUAGGGACGCCGAGUCGUUCAAAUACGCCUCGAGGACGCAAGGAGCAGACUCGAAGCUCUCGAAGUGGAAAUGCGACUCCCGGCUCCAAGCCAGGACUCGCCCCGCCCAAGGAGAUCUACAGCGAACGAGGAAGUAGCGCUUCCCGUCGGAGCAAGUCUCGCAGCCGAGUUCGAGAGGAGACGAGCUCAUCUCAUGGGACCGGAAGUGACCCUGUCGUCAGUCAAAUGGCAGCAUUUGCUGCCAUUGACCAGACCAUUUUGGCUAAGCGGGUUGGGCUCCCAGCUCCCAAGGUCGACCCUAUUCCUCUGACAUUCGAUAAGAAGCCUAUGCCAGAGCCCGCCGACGCCGAUGAAGAGAACGCAGACGAAGGGGACGAGCCUGUCGAGCCUGUCGAGCCUGUCGAGCCUGUUGCGCUUGUUGAGCCUGUCGCGCCUGUUGAGCCUGUCGCGCCUGUUGAGCCUGUCGCACUAGUUACUACGGAGGCAGUUUCUGCCAAGGCAGUAACUACAGAGGUAGUUGCUACAGAAGCAAUUCCCACGGAGGCAGUUCCUACAGAGACAAUUCCCACAGAGACAGUUCCUACAGAGACGGUUCCUACAGAACCAGUCACUCCAGAGCGGACUGAAAUCACGCCUCAGAGUACUGCGAGUAAAGUGGACCCGGAAGACAGCGACGGCAGGAAGCCAGCAACAGUCUCUGUCUCACACAUUGUCACUAACGUCAUGAUCCUGCAAUCCUUCCUGUUCGAACUCGCAAGUUUGGUACAAGUCCGAGCAGGCUUGUUUGACGAGGUUCGGUUUGUUUGAGUCGGUCUGCGAAACGAGCUAGAAAGGGGAGCGAUUGAACUGGUAGCUGUUGAGAAUACACUGGGAGGACGUCCUUAUGAUUGAUGAGCAUUUUUGCAGUAGACGGGUGUUUCGUAGAUUGGCGCCUGGGUGGAGACGUUUCAAUUCUG